AUGUCAGAUGACAAUGAUAUUAACGCCAAAAAUGGUGAUACUAAUCCAAUGGGUACAGAUGAAAAUUGUAUGAAAAUGUUUGACAUGCAGCAAAUUAUUGCUCCAUCUGCAGUUGGCAUUACAAACAAAAUUCAGCAAUUUCAUAGCAUGUUUGUGCCACAAGCAGGUAAAUUAAAUGAUGAACGGUUACAUAAAAUUAAUUUAUAUGAAUUAGAAUCUAACGUUCCUGUUUCAUUAAAUGAAAACGCGAGCCAAUAA